AUGGAAGAGGAGGAAGAGCCAAAAGAGAUGAAAAUAACUGGUAAUGUAUUAUAUUCUCAUGAAGUAGUAGAUAGUGAUAUAAAACAACUUGUCGAGAGUCCUCUUCAGGAAAAUGUAAAUGGUAGCAGUAGUUUUGAGGUUGAACAUGUAGAUGAGAGGGUACACUUGCAAGAUCAAGAUGUUGAUUGUGCAACUACAGUUAUGGGCGAGGACCAGUUUGAACAAGUAUCUUUAAACGAUCAAGACAAGAAUAAUGAGUCUGAGGAUUCAAACCAAUCACCAGGUUCUGAUAAAAUACAUCACCCAUAUGAUGGAAAUGCAGAGGAUUCUCGAUACUCAUCUGGUUCGUGUUCUUUAGAAUAUGAUUCUUCCAUAGUUACUGACCUGCAUCUUGAUAAUCUUUCUCAUAGCCCUGCCUCAGAGGGGAAUUUCGGUCAUACAAACAAGCAGCUUGCUCCAUCAAUUAGUUUUGAUUCCACUGGAUAUUCUUCUACUGUUACAUCUCCACCAAAUCCCAGGCAAAAACAUGCAAAACCGAAUGUGUCUCCAGAAUUACUGCAUCUAGUUGAUUCUGCUAUUAUGGGGAAACCUGAAGGUAUGGACAAGCUAAAGAAUAUUGCUAGCAGCGUAGAAUUUUUUGAGAAUGGUGAAGAAAUGGACAGCGUACCUUUCUUAAUUGUAGAUUCACUUCUUGCAACAAUGGGCGGUGUUGAAAGCUUUAAGGAGGAUGAGGAUAAUAAUCCACCUAGUGUAAUGCUGAACUCCCGGGCUGCCAUUGUGUCAGGCGAGCUUAUUCCUUGGCUUCCUUACAUAGGUGAUACUGAGGAUGUCAUGUCACCAAGAACAAGGAUGGUUAGGGGACUACUUGCCAUAAUAAGAGCUUGCACUAGAAAUAGAGCAAUGUGCUCAUCGGCUGGUCUCUUGGGAGUAUUGUUGAGGACAGCUGAAAAGAUUUUUACAGUGGAUGUUGGCUUAAAUGGACAAAUGAGGUGGGAUGGAACUCCUCUGUGCCAAUGUAUACAGUACUUAGCGGGCCAUACUCUUAGUGUUAGUGAUCUCUACAGAUGGUUUCAAGUCAUUACUAAAACACUCACUACAAUUUGGGCUCCACGAUUGACACUAGCGUUGGAGAAAGCAAUAAGUGGAAAGGAGUCAAAAGGACCGGCUUGCACCUUUGAGUUUGAUGGUGAAAGUUCUGGUUUGCUUGGUCCAGGUGAGAGCCGUUGGCCGUUUGUCAAUGGAUAUGCUUUUGCUACAUGGAUCUACAUUGAAUCAUUUGCGGACACAUUGAAUACAGCCACAGUUGCUGCUGCGAUUGCUGCAGCUGCAUCGGCUAACUCAGGUAAAUCAUCAGCCAUGUCAGCUGCUGCUGCCGCUAGUGCGCUUGCUGGCGAAGGUACAGUGUACAUGCCCCGGCUAUUCAGUUUUUUAUCCAAUGAUAAUCAGGGUUUAGAGGCUUAUUUUCAUGCUCAAUUUUUGGUUGUUGAAACUGCUAGUGGAAAGGGAAAAAAGUCAUCCUUGCAUUUUACCUAUCCCUUCAAACCCCAAUGCUGGUACUUCAUUGGUCUUGAGCAUAUAGGCAAGCAUGGAAUUCUCGGAAAUGCAGAAAGUGAAGUCAGGUUAUAUGUAGACGGGUCUUUAUAUGAAAGUCUUCCUUUUGAGUUCCCUCGAAUAUCCAAACCCCUGGCUUUUUGCUGCAUAGGAACUAACCCUCCUCCUACUAUGGCUGGUUUGCAACGCCGUCGUCGUCAAUGUCCUUUGUUUGCUGAGAUGGGCCCUGUUUACAUCUUCAAGGAACCGAUUGGCUCGGAUAAAAUGGCAGGGCUGGCUUCUAGAGGGGGGGAUAUAUUGCCUUCUUUUGGUAAUGCAGCUGGGCUACCAUGGCUAGCAACAAAUGCCUAUGUACAAAUCAAGGCAGAGGAGAGUGUGCUUCUAGAUGCAGAAAUUGGAGGUUGCAUCCAUCUGCUCUAUCAUCCUAGUUUGCUGAAUGGUCGUUUCUGUCCAGAUGCUUCACCUUCUGGUGCUUCAGGAAUGCUUCGACGGCCAGCUGAGGUUCUUGGGCUAGUCCAUGUUGCUACACGAAUGCGACCUGGGGAUGCUUUAUGGGCAUUGGCUUAUGGAGGUCCCUUGUCUUUGCUUCCCGUGACUAUAAGCAAUAUAGACGAGGAUACUCUGGAACCACUGCAAGGGACUUUUCCUCUUUCUUCAGCCACCACAUCUCUUGCUGCCCCAAUAUUUAGAAUUAUAUCCAUGGCUAUUCAACACCCAAGGAACAAUGAAGAGUUGUCUCGUGGUAGAGGGCCUGAGGUUCUGUCAAAAAUUUUGAAUUAUCUUCUUCAAACUCUAUCUUCACUUCAUGUUGGAAGGCAUGAUGGUGUAAGAGACGAGGAACUUGUUGCUGCUGUUGUUUCUGUUUGUCAAUCUCAGAAGAUUAACCAUACACUUAAAGUGCAGCUCUUCGCCACACUGGUAUUAGAUUUAAAAAUUUGGAGUUUGUGUAGUUAUGGCAUACAAAAGAAGCUUCUGUCAUCACUUGCAGACAUGGUUUUCACAGAGUCAACCGUAAUACGUGAUGCCAAUGCCAUUCAAAUGCUUCUUGAUGGCUGCAGAAGAUGUUAUUGGAUUAUUCAUGAAAUUGAUUCAGUGAAUUCUUUUUCUCUAGCUGGGGCAACACGUCCCGUGGGUGAAAUUAAUGCAUUGGUUGACGAGCUCUUAGUGGUAGUUGAACUUUUAAUAGUGGCAGCUCCUCCUUCUUUGGUCUCAGCCGAUGUCCGAUGCUUACUUGGAUUCAUGGUUGAUUGCCCACAACCCAAUCAGGUUGCUAGGGUGUUGCAUCUCUUUUACAGGUUGGUUGUCCAGCCUAAUGCAUCUAGGGCUAACACAUUUGCAGAAGAAUUUCUAGCAGGUGGUGGGAUAGAAACUCUUCUUGUUCUCCUCCAGAAGGAAGUUAUAGCAGAGGAAUUGAUGUAA